GAACGGGCGGAAAGCUUGACACUUACUUAUAUCUACGCAACCUGUUGAGCUCCAAACAACGUAACAAUUACAUUUGUCUCGCUCUGCUGUCGCCUGCCUUGCUUUCUUCUUCCCUCUUUUCGAACUAAUUGACGCUGCUUCUUCAUCCUGCUCGCACGCUUCAACUCUUCCUCCCUCGACACCCACGCUCUCGCACACGACACCAAACAUGGUCGACCUCAAAGCGCCAGGCGCCGUGUCCGCGCCCCGCAAGAUCGAGCUCUUCACGCCUACGUACUUUGCUGCGUGCACGCUGGGCGGUGUUAUCGCCUGCGGCCCUACCCACACGUCCGUCACGCCUCUCGACCUCGUAAAAUGCCGCCGCCAAGUCGACCCCAAGAUCUAUAGCUCGAACCUGUCAGCCUGGUCGCAGAUCUACAGCAAGGAAGGCUUGCGGGGCGUCUUCUUUGGGUGGGCGCCGACGUUUGUGGGGUAUAGCUUUCAGGGUGCGGGCAAGUAUGGCUUCUACGAGGUCUUCAAGUACCUGUACGGCGACAAGCUGUUUCCGAACAUGAACAAGACAGCGGUGUAUCUGGGCGCGAGCGCGAGUGCCGAGGCGCUGGCGGAUCUCGCACUUUGUCCUUGGGAGGCGAUCAAGGUGCGCAUGCAGACCACGCUGCCGCCUUAUGCGCAUAAUCUCAGAGAGGGCUUCUCCAAAAUUGUGCAGAAUGAGGGCUAUGCGGGGUUGUACAAGGGGUUGUAUCCGUUGUGGGGGCGCCAGAUCCCGUAUACGAUGGUUAAGUUCGCGACGUUCGAGAGCGCCGUCUCCCAGAUUUACAAGACGCUCGGCAAGCCCAAGGAGAGCUACAACACACUGCAGCAGACAGGCGUCUCGUUCCUGGGCGGCUAUAUUGCGGGUAUCGGCUGCGCUGUCGUGUCGCACCCGGCUGACGUCAUGGUCUCAAAGCUCAACAGCGACCGCAAGGCUGGCGAGGCCGCGACCUCGGCCAUGACGCGCAUCUACGGCAACAUUGGCUUCGCAGGCCUCUGGAACGGGCUGCCUGUGCGCAUUGUCAUGAUCGGCACGCUCACGGCGUUCCAGUGGCUGAUCUACGACUCGUUCAAGGUGUACUGCGGGCUGCCGACUACGGGCGGCCACUAGAGGGUGGUGCCAGAUGAUAGGGGAGAAGGUGGUGCUAAUGCUAAUGCUGAGGUGGAGUAUAUUUAGAACUUAGCAGUGGGGAUGGUGCGCUACAUAGAAGGCGCAGGCGCGAGGAUUGUUUCUGACAGACUCAGCUGUAGACGGGUUGUUGCAAUUUUUAGGUAUUACAGCUAAUGACACGACGAUAACGACUUUUUACAAUUCUAGC